AUGGACAAAAACGCCCCAGCCACACUACUAGCGCUUGCUGCACGAGGUCUACUGAGUAAUGAGCGUGCAGCUAUCCAUGCCCUUGAAGAGCUCCCGAGCGGCUUGUUUGCUCCGUUGUUCACUGCCGCCUUCUUGGGCGGUCAUAAGAAGGUACUGAAGGCAAUGGUGAGGAUUUGGCCCUUUCCCUGUCUCCACAUCGGGACAUUGAGUGUACGGGAGUCACAAUAUGACAAUUUCGAAGCUAUGAUUGACGGUCUGCAGAUCCUGCCUGCCCGGGACUCUUCUUCUUGGACUCUAAUAUCUGACAGAGUUCAUUAUGGAGCAGAAGGGAUUGAGGAUACUGUUAAUAGAUUUGCCUCCUGGCACUCUAUCAUGAAACAAGAAGAAGCCCAACACAGAGUUCGGUGCCUCGGAAUUGUAAAUUCGGAGUCUGAGCCUCAGUCAUCCAGGGAACCUGUGGAAUUAUUAGUGGACAUUUCCCUAGAUGGUACCUUGAGAACAGGGCGAUUUCUUUCUUUACUUCGGAAUAAAGUACAGCAGAGCUUUGGGUCCUUGCACCUCUGCUGCAGAGAUUUGCAAAUUGAUGGAAGGCUUGCCCACGAACACAUCCUGCAGCUUCUGAAUAUGGGAUGCAUUGGUCACCUUAAAGUGAAUGAGAUUUAUCUGAGUCAAGUCACCACCCUUUUGUCUCAGAUGACCCACCUCCACAGCCUUAGUAUGUCUCACAUCACUUUUACAUCUUGUAUGAGGAGAAGCUUUGGGACUGUUCUCACCCGUCUUAGGCAGAUGAACACCCUUCAGCAGAUCCGUUUGUCUUCCUGCCGCACGCAUCCGCUUCAUGAACUGCUCAGAUGCCUGCCACCUCAGCUGGAUGCAUUGUAUCUCUCUUUCUGUGGACUUUCUGACAGACACAUCACAGUCCUGGCCCAGAGCCCUGCAGCCCUCCAUCUAAGAUUGCUGAGUCUCUGCAACAACGAGAUAUCCUGGGAACUUUCUGAGUCCUUCCAGACUCUGCUGGCUAGUGUCUCAGGCACCCUGCAGCAUCUAGAGAUAGAUAAUUGCCUGAUGACUGAUUCCGCUCUCACUGCUGUCAUUCCGGCCCUGAGCCGCUGUUCCCACCUCCGUGUCUUUAGCUUCGCCUCCAACCCCAUUACAAUGCGUGCGCUCACCAGUCUUCUGCAGCACUUAACAAAGCUGAUGGAGCUGAAGUGUGUAAUUUAUCCUGUCCCUGUCCAUUGCUAUGAACGAUUGCAUGAUCCUGGCAGUUUGAACCGACUGAAGCUUUCUGAAGUGCAGGCCCAAUUGAAGGCAAUGCUGCAGGUGGUAAAGCGGAAUGACAUGCGCUGGACUACUUCUCCUGAGUGAUUUUCAUGGUACAAGGACUUGAUUUAACACUGACAUGUGGCCAUUAAAGCACGUAGUGUUCUCACCUGCAGCCCAAGUUUUAGAGACACACAUGUAAAAUUUUAUAGUUCCAGG